CAUUAUUACGCUACUCUGGGAAAAUGAAAAUGUUUCCUUAAAAAAAAAGCACCCUAACAAGAACUUAUUUUCUUCUGCUCAACUUAAUACAUUCGCCCUCUGUUUUUAGCAUAGUGUCCAAGUCGUUCCAAACAUGCAAUCAUAAAAUAUAGCACUGGGCACCUCCAUGACUAGUGCGCUCUCCCAUCUAAUGAUUCGAGGAGUUACUCCCCUUUCUCAUUCUCAUCUGUUUUGGUGCCCAAGUCACAUUCUAGAGUUCUUAUAAUAAGAAUCUACCGCCAUCGCCUACAUACAAAGCAACUGGUAAAACGUUACCAUCACCAACAUAUCUGCAUAAUCCAAGAGGCUUGCGUUGAAUGCAACUGAAAUUAUUGUCUGGGUUCAUUUUUUUUGGCGUCCUGUCCGCGCUCCAGAAAAAUGAGCCUAGACCGUCAUAAGCCUGCUUCCACAGAUGAGACGAAUCGUCCACCGGAUGACAAGCCACCUAUUCGCUCUCAAUUUCCCUCUUCACCUGAUGUUAUGAAGGGAAGAGGCCCCGACGACACGACUCCAUUUCUCGUUGAUCUCAAGCGUAGGAUAUCCGAACCUGUGGUCGCGGCGUUUGUUGCCGGAGGCGUCGCAGGUGCCGUGUCUAGGACGAUCGUGUCACCUCUCGAGCGCCUUAAAAUCCUACUCCAAAUCCAGACAGUCGGCAGAGAAGAGUACAGGCUUUCUAUAUGGAAAGCCCUGGUUAAAAUAGGCAAGGAAGAGGGGUGGAAGGGGUAUAUGCGAGGGAACGGCACGAAUUGCAUCCGCAUCAUCCCCUAUUCUGCUGUCCAAUUUGGCAGUUAUAACUUCUAUAAAAGAUUUGCUGAGCCCCAUCCGGGUAGUGACCUGUCCCCAAUGCGUCGUCUUAUUUGCGGGGGCGCUGCUGGUAUCACAUCAGUAACUAUCACUUACCCCCUGGAUAUUGUUCGAACGAGGCUCUCCAUUCAAUCGGCAUCAUUUGCGGCGCUUGGGCACCGGGGAACCAGUGACCGGCUUCCUGGCAUGUUUCGAACCAUGGUUUUAAUAUAUAGGAACGAAGGAGGUAUUGUGGCGCUUUAUCGCGGUAUAACCCCGACAGUUGCCGGUGUCGCCCCAUAUGUUGGUUUAAACUUCAUGACAUAUGAGUCCGUUCGGUCAUUCUUAACCCCAGAGGGAGAGAAAACACCCAGCUCCAUGCGUAAAUUACUCGCUGGUGCCAUCUCAGGGGCAGUGGCUCAGACAUGCACAUAUCCCUUCGAUGUCCUCCGACGGCGUUUCCAAAUCAACACAAUGUCCGGGCUCGGCUAUAAAUACAAGUCUAUCUGGGAUGCAGUAAGGGUCAUCAUAGCGGAGGAAGGACCCCGUGGACUUUUCAAGGGAAUUGUGCCUAAUUUGCUCAAAGUGGCACCUAGCAUGGCCAGCAGUUGGCUAAGCUUUGAGCUAACGCGCGACUUCCUUGUAUCCCUAGAUGAUUACUGAUAUUGCAGAUUGGAAGUUGUGUAUAUCAUUUGUAUGUACCAUCAGACCGGCAGGUAGUGAUGAAAAGUGUCAACAUCAUAACGUGUCA